GUUGGAUCCGCAUCUGAACGUUAUGAUCGAAUCCAACGGUGUAUACUGCUCAUGCCAUCUCGACCCCCCACCCUCUCCCCGCCCUGCGGCAACCGAAGCGGCGGCUGCUCGCCUGCCUCCCCUCUCCCCGCGCCGCCGCCUCCCAUGGCGUCGCUGCUCCGCCUCCAAGCGCUCGACCCAGCUCUAACCGUCCGCCGCCGCCGCCGCGUCACCUCCCCUCUCCGCCUCGCCUCUGCGGUGGCUCUGCUCGCUCGCCGCCUCUCCACCGCCGCCUCCAGCGGCUCCCUGGAGCCGCCCGCCUCAAAACCGGAUCUGGAGUCAGGUCUGUAUCUUGUGGCAACGCCUAUUGGGAACCUUGAAGAUAUCACCUUAAGGGCACUGCGUGUCCUUUAAUGCGCUGAUGUGAUACUAUCUGAAGACACAAGGCAUUCUGGAAAGCUGCUUCAACAUUACAACAUCAAGACACCUCUUCUUAACUUCCAUAAGUUCAAUGAGCGUGAGAGAGAGCCCAGUAUAAUAAAGAGGCUUCAUGAAGGAGAAGCGGUUGCGUUGAUAAGUGAGGCUGGUACUCCGGGCAUUAGUGACCCUGGCAUGGAACUGGCUAGACUAUGUGCAACUGAGAACAUCCCUGUCAUUCCCAUUCCUGGGCCUUCUGCUGCAACCGCUGCUCUUUCUGCGUCGGGUUUGCCAUCUAAUGAAUUCACAUUCGUCGGGUUUUUACCAAAGCAUACUCGGUCGAGAAGAGACAGGCUUGAGAUAUCUGCUCGUGAAGCUGCAACACAAAUAUUCUAUGUUCCUCCCCAUGGCAUUCAUCAGUUUCUUGUUGAUGCUGCUUCAUCUUUUGGUGAUUCUAGGUCAUGUGUUAUUGCAAGGGAGAUUACCAAAUUACAUGAAGAGUUUUGGCAUGGAACUUUAGAUGAAGCAAAUGAAGCCUUUGCAACUCGGCAGCCAAAAGGAGAAAUCACUGUGCUCAUAGAGGGCAAGUUAAUUUCAGUUGAUGAAACUCCAUCGGAGGAAUUUCUUGAGCAUGAACUUAGAGAACUGACGACAAAGGGACACACUCUUUCAGCGGCGGUGAAAUUGGUUAUUGAAUCUACAUCAGCAAAGAAGAAAGAUGUUUAUGCACUUGCAUUGAGGUUAUUUGGAAAAUGAGUAAAAUGCAACUUUUGCUCACAUCUGGAUAGUUUCGCCAAGUGGAAGCAUAACUCUCAAGAAAAAUGCAAAUAAUGGAUUCAUGCUACUAACACAUAGAAGAUGGUUGCAACUUGCUGAGUCCGCACUCCUUGAAUGGAUACAUCAGUCUUGAAUGACUACAUGCUCUUGCAGAUUGGAGGGCUUCCCUUCGAUAUAAGUAUAUAACUCAACUCUGUUUGAAUAUUCCGUAGACAUUGCUAUUCCUUGUGCAUUAACAUGCACUCUGUCUUCCCUUCCCGAUCCAAUAUUUUCAUGAAGCAACAACAAUAUGGAAUAUUUCCUUUAUCUAAAAAAAACAAUAUGGAAUAUUGGAAGAAGAUAAAUACCAGGCCAGUCCAAUGUAACGUGUAUGCACCUAUUUACAGACAUGUUAGCCACCAGAGGUAACAUAGCUGCAGUUUCAACAUAGACUACUUGAGUGCUCAUGCUGCGGUUAAUUGACUACAUCCACGUUGGUCUGAUGGAUUUUAUUCGAUGGAACAAAGUGUUUCUCCUGCAUUCAGGAAUUAUUCAUGAUGAAGGAUUGUUGCUUUUGCGAAGGAACAGUUAUAUCCAGCGUCUACACCGUUGUAUGUACAGAAGACGGAGAAUGACAAAAUUUGGUAACUGAAACUACUGCCAUAUGUUGUGGUUCUCAACUAAAUAGUUUACAUUCAUUUUCCUCGCACAACAACGAAAAAAAUUAGUUGGUUGUUCGCAUUGUGGACAUGAUGUUUUCAACCAGAUGGUUCUCGUGGUGACCAAUUGACCAAAUGGAUUGAGAGAUGUGUAAUCAUUUUUUCUGAACAUUUGUAAUUCCGAAUGAAAUGUAUUUAGUUUUGAAACUCAACUCCAUUACAGACUUACAUGUCAAUAAAAGGAACUGUCAGAAUAA